GAACGAAUACAAGAAUAAGACCAGCAGUCAUCUGUUUGGAGGUGUGCUGGGGUAUGUUUAACUAAUAAAUGUUCAUUUGAGCAUCAUACGGAUAAGACAUUCGUCAAGCAGAAAUAAACAUACCAUGGAUUCAUCGGAUGAUGAAGUACCUGAGUUGGUACCAGCAAUAUUCAGACCAGUCCCAGUAACCAUUAUUACAGGUUAUCUUGGUGCUGGAAAGACAACUUUACUAAAUUAUAUUCUUACUGAACAACACGAAAAGAAGAUUGCUGUUAUACUUAAUGAAUUUGGAGAAGGAAGUGCCUUGGAGAGAAGUGUGGCAGUCGGACAAGGCGGAAAUUUAUACGAAGAGUGGCUUGAGUUAAGAAAUGGUUGCUUAUGCUGUUCUGUUAAAGACAAUGGUGUUAAGGCAAUUGAAAACCUGAUGACGAAACGAGGAAAAUUUGACUACAUAUUACUGGAGACAACAGGCCUGGCAGAUCCUGGUCCAAUAGCGUCUAUAUUCUGGCUGGAUAAGGAUCUCGGCAGUGACAUUUUUCUAGAUGGAAUUGUGACGGUCGUCGACAGCAAACAUGGCCUUAAGCAACUUGGAACGAAAUCCCAACUUGAAAUGCCCUCUGAAGAUGGUAAAGGUUCUUUGAACGAAGCAGUCAGGCAGAUAGCUCUGGCCGAUAUGAUCAUCGUAAACAAAGUGGAUCUUGUGGACAACGAACAUUUGGCAGAAUUGAAGAACGAAAUCAGGGGUAUUAAUGGCGCUGCAGAGCUUGUGGAAACCACGCUUUGUAGGGUGGAUCUGGAUUUGAUUCUGGACCAGCAGGCAUACACGGGAACUCAACAACAUCACAGGUUGCAGAAGCUGAUGGAAGAUGUCGAAGCUCACAGAAACAUCGAACAUAUCGAUAAGGCUGUAAUGACGGUGACACUGAACGUUCCCCGAGCUGUGACCCGACCGGCACUCGACCUCUUCGUGCAGAAAUUGCUUUGGGAGAGCGAAUCAGUGAAUUCCAGCGGCCCACCUCUGUCCAUAAUCAGACUUAAGGGCAUUGUCUCUCUGCGCCAUGAAGACCGCCCUAUCAUGCUUCAGGCCGUGUACGAUACGUAUGAUGUGGAACCAAUUCUUGCAGAUGUUUGGGAUUCCCCCAGUUGCCGGUUUAUCUUCAUUGGGCGAGGACUAAGGAAGCAGAUCCUGGAAGACUUGUUUAUUCGGUGUGCGAACCAUGGGGACUCAAGCUCCUGACGGUGAGGAACAGUGUCGAAUAUUGUCUUGAGUUACGAAUUCAGUACUCGCUUUUGAAUUAAAUAUUACAUUAUAGCCAUAUCAUAAGUUACUAAGUAAUAAACACAUUAAGUUAUGUAUA